CUUAAGGGGGUAACCGGUGAGCCCAAAUAACGGCCCAUUGGAAUUCGAAUAGCAUGGCCCGUCAUGCCCCCAUACUCUAGCAAAUACCUUCUUCCGCCGCAGUAUCUCACUCCGAACACCCUCCACCGCCAAGCCACGUCUAACGUCUCUCGUUCUCCGCUACCUCCGCCUGUGGAUUAGAGAUUGUUGACAAUUGUGGAAAAUCAUGGAAACUACUGCGAACGAUUUGAAUAACGAUAAUAGCAAGCGAGAAGAAGCGUCUCAGCUUGCUGUGCUGUUGAAAGAAAUGAAGGAAGGACUUGAUACCGUAAGGCGUAAAAUUCAAUCUUUAACUGCCAAGGUGAAAGAAGGUCAAUAUCCGACAGCAGAUGGAUUUAGCUACCUUGAAGCUAAAAAUCUGCUGCUUUUGAAUUAUUGUCAGUCCCUUGUUUAUUAUUUAUUGCGGAAGGCCAAGGGAUUACCGAUUGAAGAUCAUCCUGUUGUUCGAAGUAUUGUGGAGAUAAGAUUAUAUUUGGAAAAGAUUCGUCCAAUUGACAAAAAGCAACAAUACCAAAUCCAGAAACUAACACAAGCCAGUGAAAAUGCAACCAGAAGUGAUAUUCAGGGCAAGGAGACAGCUGCAUCCAAUAAGAGUGAAGACGUGUCAAAGUAUCAUCCAAAUCCUGACAUGCUUGUUAGCAAAUUAGACUUAGCCUCACAGGAUGGGAAUGAUUCUUAUCAACCUGUAAAAUUUGCCCCUACGUCUAUGGAUCUAGAUAAAGCUUCAAAGCAUGAAAGAAAUGCCUCGCGAAGAGAGAAAGAAAUUCUGAAACAAGCUAAGCAGAGUGAUUAUAUCAGGACAUUGAUGAAUGAUAUGGAGGAAAGGCCUGAAGAGGUAAGAGAUUUUGAGGGAGCUAGCAUAGAAGUUGAUAGAUAUAUUGCCAAGAUGGACGAACGUGCUCGGCAAGAGGAGGAGCUGUUCACUCGUGUUCCUCUCACAAAACAUGAGAGGAAGCGAGAGAAGUACUUGAAGAAAUCAAGAAAUGGGUUGCAAGGUCUAACAGAAAGUUUCUAUGAUGAAAUCAAAACGUUACCCUUUGAAGAUAAAACCGGAGAGCAAGUAAUGGGUUCUAGAACUGGUAGCAGCAGAAACAACAAACUAAAGAAACGAAAGAGGAAACAUUGAAGGAAGAAAAUUUGGGUUUAAAGCUGGAGGGCCGAAGUGCUCUCUGGAAAACAGACCACUGCAUGCUGUUGGAGGAAGUAAUAUUAGAUUCGAUGGAAAGGAAUGUAAAAGCUACAGGAUUGGUAUUGGUGCAUUCCUCCGUGUGUUUGUAGAUUGGAGAUUUUCAACAAGAUGAAAUGAAUAUUUUUGUCUGUUACCGAUUUGCGCCCAAUUAUUUGAUGCACGUAGAUUUUUUAAUCCACUUUUAUAUAUUCAGAUGGAGGGAACAUAUUAAACUUCAUAUUUACCGAGUGAAGUUUACGUUUUUUGCUUUUUUAAUACUUAUUUCACGGGUGAAUAUGCAGACCCCGAUUCUUUUUGAUCAAUAAUGUAGCCCACCGAUUGGUUCUUCUGUA